AUGUUUGAUGUGUGGAGUGCUGUGCAAUGGUGGGACGAGUGGCAGCUGCGCAUCCUCGUCCUUGGUAGCCUGUGCCUUCAGUGGUUCCUCCUGUUGGCUGCCCCCAUGCGCAAGUACACCAUUCCGUAUUGGUUCAGAAAAUGCAUCUGGCUGGCAUACAUCAGCAGUGAUGCUCUGGCCAUCUACGCGCUCGCCACCCUCUUCAAUCGCCACUCCAAGGCGACCACUAGCAGCGACUAUGGUGUUAGUUGCACUAGGAGCAAGGCGAGUAUCCUGGAGAUCCUAUGGGCUCCUGUCCUUCUCAUCCACCUGGGUGGCCAGGAGGAACUGACCGCCUACAGCAUCGAAGACAACGAGCUGUGGAUUCGGCACACCGUGACCCUGGUGUCCCAGGUCACGGUUGCCCUGUACGCCUUCUACAAGUCGUGGCCCAGCUCCAGCGACUGGAGGCUACUGGCGUCGGCGAUUCUGCUCUUCAUCAUUGGGGUCCUCAGCUUCUGCGAGAAGCCAUGGGCUCUCAAUAAAGCUAGCAUCAACAGACUGGCGGCCGUGUCGGCCGUGGUACAAGGAACAAAGAAGCGUGCAAUAUGGCGGUCGAAGUUGAACGAGUUCUUCUUCUUCGACGAGGCCAUCUCCUUCACCAAGUCAGGUGACUCAGACGGAGACAAAGUCUAUAUGGUAGUCUCGGACAUGUCGCUGUCAGCUGCUGCUGAUGACCUGGUGAGACGACGCAAAGCUACGAGCGUGUGGGAUGUUCUGCGGCCUAUUCCAUUGAGACCGCGGGCCUUGCAGCGCUGGCUGCGUGGCGCGUUUGGGGUCAUCUACACCAGAGCUAAUGUGGUCUUCACCCCUACAUACUUGGCGUACCAUGUGCUGGUGGUCCCGGUCCUGCACAUCGCCGCCCUCACGCUCUUCGCGAUGAGCCACAAGCACCCGUACAACUACACCGACGUCAAGACGACGUACGUCCUCCUGAGCUUCACCGCCGCUCUGGAUGUCCUCGCGGUGUUCAUCCGGCAGCUGUUGUACCUGGGCAUGUCCAAGGCAGGCGUUCCGGCCUUGUGCGAGACGGUGCCCGGGUACAACCUCAUCGACGCCGUUCUCCGGAGAAGCCAGAAGGACAUCGGGUGGCUGGUCAAGUGCGCCACGCGCAUGGGCUUCAAGGAAGAGUAUUUUGUUUUCAAGGGGGAUGAUAAUUAUAAGCUGUAUAGAAAAGUUUCGGGGUCGGUUCUCGCAGAAGCGGUGAAAACAUAUGGCCGCGACCUUGCCAGUUACAGGUUCUUCGAGGAGGAAUAUGCACCGAUGUUCAGUAUCCCGAAGGAAAAAGAGCCAGAGCCAGAGCCAGCACCAGCACCAUGUCCAAGUCAGCAGCAGCCGCAACAUGCUGUUGAGGCAUCUAGCCCCGACCACACGGAGACAAGUAUAACGCGGAGCAGCCCGGAUCACAACGACACGGUGAUGCUGCCACGGAGCCCGCCGUGGUCAUCCGACACGAGCUUCGGGACAAACUGGAUUCUAAGAAAGGAGCUGCAAAAGGACUGCAGCCCCGAGAUACGGAAAAGCCUGUGCCGGUCAUUCGACAGGAGCGUUCUCCUUUGGCACAUCGCCACCGACAUCUGCUUCCGCAUGCAAGAUUAUCGGCCGCAUGAUCCUCCUAGUCCUGGAGGGUGGUGGUGUACGGGCAGUUCUUCAGAGACAGAAGAUGGGGACCCUCUGUCGCUUCGUAAGGAGUGCACACAGGCCAUAUCCAACUACAUGGCCCACCUUCUCAUCUUCCACCCCGAGAUGCUGAUGACCGGCAGCAGGCAGCAUCUGGUCACCGAAGCCAUGAAUGAAAUGGAGCACUUCUUGGAGGGGGAUAAGAACAGGCCCAGCCGACGACUGCGCAGGCCCAGACGAGAUGACCUAAAGAAGAUGAUAGAUAAAACAACCAACGAGCAGGAUGGUCAUCAUGAUAAGGAUUUUCAUAUCGUCGAAGCAUGCAAGAUCGCAAAGGAGCUGUUGGCUCUGACGGAGGAGACGCGCUGGGCGGUGAUGUACUACGUGUGGGUGGGCAUGCUCUGCUACUCCGCCAGCAUGUGCAGGGGCUACCUGCACGCCAAGAGCCUGGGCGAAGGCGGUGAGUUCCUCUCCUUCGUCUGGCUCGUGCUCUCGCUCAAGGGGGCCAAGACCUUGGCCGACAAGCUCCAGAUGCCGGACCCAGCAGAUCAGAAAGCCAAAGAAGAAUCUCCACCAGAAGCUAGUUCAUCGACCCCCAAGCCCAAGAAAAAACUAGUGGACCCUCGACGACGUGGUUGAUUGAUUUACCUGUUUAUUUGUUUGUUUGUUUUCUACUACGUACAGUAGCUCGCUUGAAUUGCUUGCUGCUCUGGUACGUACGUGCGUCUGCUACCAGCUGCUGUUUGCUUGUUUGUUUGUCGCCGCUGCAUGCAUGCGCUUGCUAGCUGCGUGUUGCUUGCUUGAUCGAUCGAUCUGGUGUACUCCCGCCGGUUUGUUUGUCGUCGUCCCAGCUGCUUCUGAUUGAGUGUAUGUGUUCGUUGCUACAAUUAUUGGCCUAUAUCAUUUAUA